AUGAUAAUUGUCCUAUUCUUAUUAAUUGAACUUCAAAAAUGCAAUAAAGAAAUAAAUCAUGAAAAUAGAGUAAAUUUAUUAAUAUAAUAGUCAGUUGAUAACCCUCAUACAGCAAUAUUAUAUGGUAAUUCAACCUUGGGUUAUUAUUAUAUGAAUAUAUAUGUUGGUGAGAAUAUGACAAAGCAUAGUGUUAUUGUAGACACUGGUAGCUAAACUACAACAAUUAAAUGUGAUUAAUGUCAUUAAUGUGGACAACAUGAAAAUCCUCCAUAUUAAUUUAAUUAGAAUAAUUACAAUAGUACUGAUUUAAGAAUAGAUUUUAAUUGUUCCUCUUUUUAAAAUAAUAGAUGCAAUUUUGCUUCUUAUUAUGUAGAGGGGAGCUCAAUAGGUGGAUUUUAUUUUAAAGACAAAGUUUUAAUAGGAGAUGGAUUAAUUUAAUUAGAUGAUUAAUAUGUAAAAUAAGAAUCAUUUGAAUCAAUUCUUGGAUGUACUUAAUUUGAGACUGGAUAAUUAUAUAAUUAACUUGCAGAUGGUAUAUUUGGACUUGCACCUAUUUCUAAUAAUUCAUAAUUUCCUCCAAAUUUGAUAGAUUAUAUAGCCAAAAAAGAUAAAGCAUUUUCAAUAAAGAGAGGAUUUUCUAUUUGUUUAAAUGAUGAUUAUGGUUAUAUUAGUGUUGGUGGAUAUGAUUAAUUAAGAUUAGAUCCUGAUUUUAAAAUAAAUAAGAUUAAAUUUAAACCUAGUUAAUAAUAUUAAGUCAAUUUAACUAAAAUAGCUUUUGGGGAUCAAAUCUUUACUAUUGAUGAUAGUAUUAAUACUUAAGGUUAGGGAAUAUUUAUUGAUUCAGGAGCUACUAUUUCAUAUAUGGAUCAAAAGAUAUAUAAUUAAUUAGUAUAGAGUAUUAAAGAUCAUUUUGAAAUAAAUUAAAUUCCAAUAAAAUCUUUGAUUUAAUAAUAGGUAUGUUUUGAAUUUAUUUAAAAUAUUUCUAAUUCAGAUUAUUAUUAAUAUUUUCCAAUAAUGAAAUUUGUUUUUGAUGAUGAUAUUGAAAUUAAUUGGAAACCAUAAGAAUAUUUGAAUAUUUAGAAUAAAUAAGUUUGUAUAGGAGUAGAUAAAUUAUCAGAUAGAGUUAUUUUGGGAUAAAAUUGGAUGAGAAAAAAAGAUAUUCUUUUUGAUUUGGAUUAAUAAGAGAUCUCUAUUGUAUCAGCAAAUUGUACUUUGGAUUAUUUUAAAUUGUAAGUCAUAAAUACUUCUGAUAAUUAAACAGAUAAAUAAAAUCAAUAAGUUUUAUAAAAUAUCAGAUUGCCAAGUGUAUUGAAAUCUAAUAUAAAAGAAAGAGAUGAUGAAAAUAAAGAUUAAGAUAAUGAAAUUGUAAAGAAAGUGAAUGAGGAUAUAUCUAAAUAGGAUGUUGUAAAAAAUGAAGAAGAUGAACAUUCAUGGUUAGAAAUAUUCUUUUACAUUUUCAUAGUUGUUAUUACAUUAAAAGGUUUAAUAUUUUUAGGAUUAUAUAUUAUGAAGAGAUUAGGAGGGUAUAUCUAUAUUUAUUAUAAAUUUAUUUAGUAAUUUUUAUACUUAUCAAUAAAAACAUGAGAGAUUUUAGAAAUUAAAUAACUAAAUUCAUAUAGAUGAUGAAGAUGAAAAAGAUUCUAGAGAACAUAAAAUUGAGUUAGUUAUACAAUAAAGUGAUAUAAUUGCUUGA